CCGGAGCCUCGGCCAGAGGCGCAAGGAGGUUGGAGGCUUCACUUUACUGAGGCAGCCGCAUCUUCACAGCUGACAGGUAACAGCGACGAAUUGUCUCCGUCCGUCUGGCCGCUGGAACAGCCGUUCGCCCUCGCUGUUUCCGUUAUUAAUUCGGAACUUUUUUUUCUGCCACGUGUUGAAGUUAUGGCACACUUCCUUAAUGGGGCUGGUGCCGGCGAAUGGCAUUGAGAUCUGGCGGAGCUGCAGUUGUACCGAUUGUAUCUGAAGAACGAGAAGCUGAAAGGGAUCUUUAUAAUAUAACAUCUUGCAGUUGAAUUUGCCAAAAACAAAACUACUGACAACCAACUUUUGGGAAGGGGGAGUGGGAGGCUUUUUGAAACAGUUAAAAGACUGAGGAAAUUAAACAUUAUGACCUCCCGAAGAUUGUGAAUACACCAUGUCUAACUCCACAGAACAGAAAGAAAUUGGCCUGGUUUACCAUGUCAAUGGCAGUGCCUUCCCCAUUGAUGCAAGCUCUGACGACUUCACAAUCUCUAUAACCCCCAGUUCGUCCAAGGAGCUGGUGGAGACGGAAAGCUCAGAAUACUUAACAGAGGAGAGGGAACAGGUCUCAAGGACAGAGGCUGCUGUGAGAGACUCCCGUGCCAAUGCCAAGGGUCUGAGAGAGGAGGAUGCUCUACUGGAGAACGGCAGCCAGAGCAUUGACAGUGAUGACAUAAGCAGCGACCCUAGUCGGGCACCAGAUUCCCUCAAAGAGACCUCUUUCUCUAUAGGACUACAGGUCGUAUUCCCAUUCCUGCUGGCAGGCUUUGGUACGGUGGCUGCUGGAAUGGUCCUGGACAUUGUGCAGCACUGGAAUGUAUUUAAAGAGGUGACGGAGGUUUUCAUUCUCGUCCCAGCUCUACUCGGUCUCAAGGGUAACUUGGAAAUGACCCUAGCUUCCAGACUCUCCACUGCGGCCAACAUAGGGCAGAUGGAUUCGGCUGCAGAGCAAUGGAAGAUGAUCACAGGGAAUCUGGCUCUGAUUCAGGUCCAGGCGACUGUGGUUGGUUUCCUAGCAUCCGUGGCUGCUGUUGUGUUUGGCUGGAUUCCUGAGGGCCACUUCCGACUGGAUCAUGCUGUCCUCCUGUGUGCUAGUAGCAUGGCAACAGCAUUUAUCGCUUCCCUCAUAUUGGGGGUAAUCAUGGUCGGUGUAAUUAUUGGCUCAAGGAAGAUAGGUAUAAAUCCUGAUAAUGUUGCCACACCCAUUGCUGCUAGCCUUGGGGACCUCAUCACCUUGGCACUGCUCUCUGGAAUCAGCUGGGGACUCUAUAUACAGCUGCAAGCGCAUCCUUACAUCAACCCACUCGUCUGUGCUUUCUUUGUGGCACUGACUCCUCUGUGGAUCAUCAUAUCGAAGAAGAACCCAGCCACACGAGAGGUGUUGUACUCUGGCUGGGAACCUGUCAUUAUCGCAAUGACAAUUAGCAGUGUUGGUGGGCUGAUUUUGGAUAAAACGGUAUCUGAUCCAAACUUUGCAGGGAUUGCUGUUUUUACCCCAGUUAUCAAUGGUGUUGGUGGCAACCUGGUGGCUGUGCAGGCCAGCCGAAUUUCGACUUACCUUCACCUGUCUGCCGUGCCUGGUGCAGCACCGGGAGGCAUGCGUAAGAGCUGCCCAAGCCCCUGCCAUACCUUCUGUAGCUCAGAUUUGAAUUCAAGAUCGUCUCGGGUCUUGUUUCUUCUUGUUGUUCCUGGACACCUAGUCUUUCUAUACAUCAUCAACUCCAUGCAAGGGGGACACACUACGCUUACACCAAUAUUUAUAGCAUUCUACAUGAUGGCUGCUUUACUGCAAGUGCUGAUCUUGCUGUACGUUGCUGACUGGAUGAUUCAUUGGAUGUGGGGGAGGGGCAUGGAUCCAGAUAACUUCUCUAUUCCUUACCUGACAGCACUGGGUGACUUGCUGGGGACAGGUUUCCUUGCACUCAGCUUCCAUAUCCUCUGGUUGAUCGGAGAUCGAGAUACAGAUGUUGGUGAUUAAAAUUAAGGUCCCCCCCUCCCCCACUCUCCUGCUUCCCCCCCCCAAAAAAAAAUAGGUGGGGGGGAUAGAAUCAGCAAGUGCAAUUCAAUGAAGAUGACUUUUAAUGAAACUUUCACAAUGGAGACUGUUUACGUACAGCCCAUUGCAACAACCAAUGGAGAUACCUAAAUAGACUGCAAAUACUGCUUGAUCAAGAGCGGUCUCAAUGGAAUCCCUGCUGUUUGUUAAAACUGGAUUCUGCAGCAUGGUAAACUAGACACUGACUUCAGAACUGGAAGCUGCUAAUUCAAAUUAACAUUGGUUAAUAUUUUUAUUCUACAAGGAGAUGUAACCUGUUAUUUGGACUUUAAGUACAUGCUGGGUUUUUCUUUCCUGACGUACACAGAACAAUCUUCCCGAGAGAAACUGCUGUCUCAGUUGAAAACCUAUGAGAGGAUAUUCUGGAGUAACAGGGUGGAAAGUCUAUUUUACACUUUUUUUUUAAUGAAUGGGACAAUUAUGAAUUCACUGAGCAUGAUCAGUGUUGUGGUGCAUUGUGCAAAUUUGCUUCAUCUACAUUGCUAGACGUGGGGGGAAAAGAACCUCUAAUGUAUCAUUUAUAUCUAUAUCUAUAGAUUUAGAUAUAAAUAUACCGAUAAAUGCCUAUAUCCUUAACUUUUUUUGUUGCCACUUGUUAGAAACGACCAGAUUUAAUGUAGGUAACACACAGAAUCACAGUUUAGAAUCCAUUUCUGACUAGCUGUCCAACAUAAGCCUGGUGUCAGGGUGAAGAGACAAACUCCUUCUGAACACCUGCUCCACUUUGGGAUCUUUACACUUCCUUUUAAAAUUCACCCAACCCCACCAAUGUCAGAGCAGAAAGUAAUUGGCCACUGCAGGCUGGCUAAUUCAGGCCAGAACUUGAAUAAAGUGAGAUCAACUCAGAACAGUGGUGGUAAAUGCAGUUGCCAAAGAGUUUUUGUUCUUAAGGUCACGUCGCACCUUUCACUGGGCUGGACUGUAGGCUCUAGUCUAGAUGUAGAAGUUUAGGACAAUACAUUUUAUUCUGGAAUGACUGAACAUUUUGGCAUUAAACCAAAAAGUGCCCUGUCAGACAUGAACAUCUGCCUGAAACCAGAGUUGUGGCUGCCAGUUGUUAACAGAAAAUAAUUGUGCUUCACUCGAUAAUUGCUUCUCAUCAGUGCCAGUUUAUGCCACACAGCUUUCUGUUAACCCAGAUUUAGUGUGCAAGGUUCCAAAAUGUCCCUUGGUUUUAAUUGAAAGUAGUUAAUACAGUACAUUAGUAGCUGAGCAAACUUGAGUGAAUGUGUGGUUCCCCUGGAGAUUUUCACAACACAUCGUCACAUGGACUGACUGUGAGGUGCUUGCUUUUCUUAUUUAAAAAAAAACUCCUUAAACUGUCUAAGCAGUGAAAUCAUUCAACUGCAAGUCCUUUCAAAUAGGCAUGUUGGUCACAAGAUAUUGUACCACAAACUGACUGUUACUUAAGACAGAAACUGAAAUUCUCAGUUAACUGUGUCCUUAAGCCAAUGACUGUGCAUAUUAGUCUAUUGAACCAGUAAGGCAGAUGAUUUUUUUUUUGAACCUACAGUUGACCAAAAGUUUGUUUCGUCAGAGCUGGUCAAAACCUGUAAACCAUGCAUCUCAGUCUCUGAUGAAAUAUACACUUAGAAGAUCUGUCACAGGGAAUCCAAUAGGGAUCCCUUUGUACACCUUGCUAUAUUGCACUUUUUCCCUUGCAGCUCCCAAAGAUUAUUGUUAAGGAGAGUUUAAUGUGUGGUGGAAGGCUUACAUACUGAUAAUUCAUGGAGUUUCAAACAUAGAAGUUCAUCUUUGGUCACUUGUGCUAAGCGCUAGAUACAGCAGUGGCAAGCCACUGUAAUCCACUUGUGGUGUUCGUUUCUACUGAAGUCAAUAGAACCGAAUUCUUGUGAACCAAAUACAAUAGGCAGCUGCUACUGUUAUGUUGUACACAUGACUGAGAGUAGAAAUCCAGCUCUUUACAAUUUCUCCUGUCUUUUUUUUCUCACGGAAGGUGGUGAAUCUCUGGAAUUCUCCAGCCCUGAGGGUUGUGGGGGCUGGAUCAUCGGAGGUAUUCAAAGAGGAGGUAGAUAAGUUUUUUGAAAGAUCAGGGAAUUUAGUUCUAUGUGGACACAAGAGCCUACAGAUGCUGGAAUCUGGAGCUGUCCAGGCCAGUCCAGAUGAAGGGUCUCGACCUGAAAACGUCAACUGUCCGUUUCCCUCCAUAGAUGCUGCCUGACUCACUGAGUUCCUCCAGCAUCUUGGGUGUUGCUUAGGUCUGUAGGGAUCUGGCACAGAAGAGGAGAAGAGAGCUGGGGCAGAUCUGCCAUGAUUGUACUGAAUGGUAGACAGGCUUGAGGAGCAAGGUGGCCUACUCCUGCUCUGAUGUUCUAGUGCUCAUGUCUGAAUGGUUGAUUGUAGAUUUUUGGACAAGAUGGUAGAAUGAUUUGUCUCUAUCCUCAGUGCCCCCGUUCCUUUACAUCCAUCAGUGGUUGAUGUACUAGGGCUGCAGCUGCCCUUGAAUUAUGAAGCAAAUGAUGUUCUGUUUAUCACUUUGCUGCUAGUAUCCCAUCUCUCCUGGUUGCUUCCAAAAUAUUCUGAAGUUGUGUAUUGCGGAUGCUGGAAAUACUUGGCAGAUCGGGCAGUGUCUGUGGAGAGAGACACAGAGUUAAUAUUUCAGGUCCAUGACUUUUCAUCAGAUGUGAGAAAGCAAGUGUCUGGACUCACAGACAAGAGCAGUGGUGGAGAGAACGAAAGGAAAGUCUGUGAUCAGGUGGAGACAGAAUCCAAGCAGUAAACAUUCUGUUGGUGCUGUCUGCCGAAUACUUGUUAAUCAUGGCUGUGAUUCAUCGGACGGAGGUAUAAAUAGAUGAAUUAGGAUUGAAGACAAAAGGAAAAUGAACAAUGGUGGAAUUGAGAUGCAGAACACAGCAAAAAAAAAACAUUAUGCUGGAAACGCUCAUCAGCUUGGGCGGCAUCUGUGCAGAGAGUUUAAGGUCAAAGUUUUCAAAGUUUUCAAAAUCGGAAACUUUCACACAAUCACGUCAAAUAUUUAAUCAUUACCAUCACAGCCUUGUUCUUUUAUUUUUUUUUAAUAAUUUCCAUAAAUGACUGAGUGACUGACUAAUUAACACUGCUGACAGCUUCAGUGGCUUUCUUCAAGUUGAUGUGCCCAUCCACGGACAGGUUACCACAAGCUGCAGUUGCUUCUGUCAGGUGUUUGCAUUGGGCUCCGAAUGGUGCCUGUCAUUCCUCGAAUUCAGUGCCCCAAAGUUUCUUCAAUCAUGCAGUCUUGCAGCACAGAAGGACACCAUUCUGCCUUCUGUGCCAACUUCCACAUCCCAGCACUUUCUCACUAGCCCUCCCAACGCGUCUUCUUCCUAUACACGUACAGAGUCUCUUGAAAUUUCCUGUGGACUUGGUUUUUAAUCACUUUCAGAUGCAGUAGUUUGAGUCCUAAAUCCUUGUGUUAAUUUAUUUCUCCUCUUUUACCACCACCACCCCCCCCCCCAAGCCCCUUGAUAACUAACUUAAAUCUAUAACGCACUUGCCAGAUUGCUGGGAAUAUCUUUUGGAUAUAGUUCCUACUUUGGUUCAUCUUUGUAGGAAGAUGCCAGCUGAUUCUUUCAGCAGCACACCAAGAUGUGGACCAUGGAAAUCGAUGUAACAAUGCCCGUAUAUUUAACUCUAAGUUCUGGUUUGACCUGGACAGCUCCCUCUUAAAAGAAAUGGUCAAAUAUAUUAAACCAUAAUAACAGUUUCUGAACAGAUUAAUUAUUACUGAAAUUUGCACAUUUCACAUAUAUCUUUAAAAAAAAUAAGUUUUAAAAAAAACAUGGCAACAGCACCUCCUUCCCCAAAGAGCACUGCAACUAUCUAAUGAGAAAGGAGUGACCUGUAGCAGUAUAUAAAUAUUUUGAUAACUGUUAAUGAAUUUAUUAAAUAAUUGAAUCUGUAUAUUAAGUGCACAUUCUAGAUAAAAUAAUUUUAUGAAGGGUUUAAUUAUUUUAUUUUGCAACACCAGAAUAUAUUUUAGAAUUGUUUUGGGCUAUUUUAUCUCUUUUUGGCUUUUUGACUGCUGUAUUAAGGGAGAAAAUUGCCAACUUAACUCUGUGAUGCCCCUGGUCGUUGGUGGUGGCUUUUCAACUCGAGAUGAAAAAAAUCAGGACAACUGCAUUGAACUUGCUGCCUCACCAAUGUCGAAAUACUCAAACAGAGAAUAAUGAAUCAGUGCAAUUGUGAAGCAGGUUGAAGAUUAACUCUCCUCAAGUUAUCAGUGUUUAACUGAAUGGUUAUAGGGUUUUUUGUGCACUUGUUAUUUUUAUUGUGGAAUGUGAUCUCAAAUGCAAAAAAAGAAGUGCAUCCUAAUGACAAUAUUUGUAUUGAGACCAGAUGUGUUUUAUCCUAACUUCAUUCUUGUACUGUGAAUGGGAAUUUGCCCAGAUCCGACCCUGUUGUGCUCCAUGUUCUGACCCAGUUUCCUGCACAGUAUGUCUAAAAUGAAUAUUUAUAUUCUAAAUUGCCAAGAUGUUGUGAACAUCCUGGGAGUCUGUAUUUGCUAAAAUAAAAUGUCAUACAAUGA